AUGUGCGAAAGUGAUCUUCAUUUCGAUGAUCUUCCGUUCGAACUGAUGUGCGAAAUUUUCGACUACCUUCCACUGCGGGACGUCAAGAAUGCGGCCACCGUCUGUCGGCGCUGGAAUGCCAUCAUCUUCUCCGAGGUGUACAUCCAUCGCUUCCGGCUGCUGCUGAACCUCGACCAGUCGCUACCGAAGCUGAAACAGAUGGUUCAGCUGUUGGAGUCGAGCGAGCGCGAGUACUACAGCGUGGUGCUGCGGGCCAACCUUGGCAGUCCGCUAACGGACGCCCGGUUGCGCGUCGUCAAGCUGAUGAUACGGCUGCUGGCGCACUGCGCCGAGUCGCUGUACUUCAACAUGGCCGACUUUCGGAUCGAGUCGUGCGUGUCCGAGCGGUUGCUCCGGGGCCGCAAGCUACAGAUCAUCGACACGCGCGCCAAAUACAUCCCGCUCGGGAUGGGCCUGAAGGAGUCGAUGCUGGGAGCGAUCUGCGAGUACGCCAUCGAGCUGGUCGACCUGGUCAUCGCCGAGAUGAACAUCGUCAACCCGCGGGCUCUCGAGCCGUUGUCUUCGUUGCGGUGCCUCAAACUUCUACUGAUCAGCGACUACUACCCGUACGUCAAACCGCCCGCUCCACCGAUCGAUCUGCCCAACCUCGAGAACCUCUCACUGAUCAAGGUGACGGACGAAUCGUGCCAUUACUUUCGCGUGAACAAUCUGAAGCGGUUCUUCAUCCACUCGACCGGCACGGACGCACCGCGCACCAUGGACUUUAUCACGCAAAACAUCACUAGUGUCACUCGGCUCUGCCUACACUUCACGGCACGCUCCAUCCAAGCGGAGGUUAUCUUCGGUUGGCUCGAUCGUUUCCCACACCUACUUGCCCUAGAGCUGGCCGGCGUUGCCCUACCAGUGGACGUCCUAAGGCUACUCAGCCCCACCAAUCGCAUCCAGAAGUUAAUAUUCGUCUCGUGCAACCUAGAGACGAUUCUAAUGGACGAACUCCCGGCCAAACUAAGCCGGCUGCGGAUGCUCUGCUUCGACGGGUGCUCCCUGUUCCACAAACAGUCCGGUUUCCACCCGAUCCACUACGACGACAUCGAGCAGCUGCGGCAGGCACUCCCACGGUGUCAGAUCAUGCUGGACUACGAAUGA